UAUUAUGCUGUAUAAUGCGUAAGAUUCCAAAAUUUGUCACAUCAUUGUGGGACUGACUGUUGAUUCCCAUUCUGAUGUCUCAGAUUUUCAGAUGUCUCAUGUGCUACAAGCUUUUACUGAUAAGUCUGAGAUCUGAUUAACAUUCCAGACAUCUGCUGUAUAUCUCGGAAGCAAAAGAGUUGUCUUUUUUUUUCCAUUGGUGAAAGAGCCUUUCUGCAUGGCCCUGUUUGCUCCAGUACUGUCUCUUAUGCUUCUUUUGAAAGGGGAAAUUUUGAUGAUGAUUUCCCUUCCAUUCUCUUUCUGUACAUAAUGCUUUCAUUGUUUUGCUUUGUAUUUUUACGCUUAAACAAGCACUGACUAUAGAACAAAGACUCUAUGAGAUCACCCAGUUAACUAAUGUCUAUGCAUUACUAUGCCAUGUUUUUCCCAUUGGUUUUAUAUCCUUUAAACUUGACCUGUGAGCAACAGUGUUUUCAUUUCCUCAGUUUGUUUUCAAUACUUGUUCCCCAAAGCAUUGUGUAAUAAAUAUAUCUCAGUGAGACCCCUUUGUCUUCACUCUUGUUUUAUCAGUUCCGGUGAAUGUGUUUUUGCUCUGGUAGUUCUCUUGCCGUAUUCCUGGGAAUGCUGUCUCUUUACCCCAUUUCCCUUGAGAAAAAAGCAGCCUCUUUCCUCUCUGCACUUUAACCCCUUUGCAUCCUUUACUCCAUGCCUUCACUGACCCUUUCCACUUUUUCCUCUUCCGUCAAACCUCUGCCAGGAUAGAUAUUUAGGCCUAUAAAUCUCUGGUAGUGGCAACUAUAUAUUACUGUUCAAAUGUUUGGGGUCAGUAAGAUUUUUUUUUUUUUAAGUUUGUAUUUUUCAUCAGCAAGGCACAUUUAUUUGAGCAAUAUCGUGAAUUUACACUUCUUUUUGAUCGUGUACAUACAUGUAGCCUUGGUGAGAUUGGCAGAUCCAUUUCAGACUUUGUCUGUUUUGCAUGCUGUGACUGCUCAAUCUUAUUUUUUAAAUGGGCGUAUGCAUAUAUGCUUUCAAACAUAUGUUUUGCCUGUCUUUGUAAUAUGAGCAUGUCUUUUUGGCUUGGCUUCUGCAAAACUAGUUUGACAACUUUAUGUCCACACCCUCUUGCCUGCCAAUCCUCUCAACGCCCCAAUCAGACACCUGAAUGCUGAGGUCAGGUCCAUUAAACCACAUUGCUGCUAGAACCGGGUCUGCAGGCUCAAAUCCCUCCUCCUACAAGGAGAGGAGCGUAUGAGGUUUACAGGUGCUUAGACUGUCGAGAGUGAAUUUUAAAGUUACACAGGUAUACAGCUUCUCCCUUAUUGACUGGAUAAAACGGAUGAUCCUUUCAGCGUGUGAAUCUUAUGCCAGUGUUUUGCUGUACUGGAGGAUGGAGCUCUAGCUCAUAACCUGCAGGAACAGGAAAUUGAGCAGUACUACAACUCAAACGUGCAGAGGAGUCACCUGGUGCAAGGAGACAUCAGAGUAGCCAAGAGACUCCAGGAUGAGGAGGAGCAGAGGGCUCAGAUGCUGCAGCACCAGACCACUCGCCAACUGGAGGAACGAGACUCAGAAUACGCACGCAUGAUUCAGGAGGAGAUCCAGCGGCGUUCGGAUGAAGCUCGGAGGAGGGAGGUGGAGGACGAGGAAAUAGCAAAGAGGAUACAGGAAGAGGAAGAGCUUUAUUUGAGACAGAGGAGCAGUUACCAACAUAAAGAUGGUAGAGAGUCCACAAGCAUUCCUGCUCGUCCAUACUUACCCCGGCCUGUUCAUGUACCUCACAACCGGUCUCCAACCAGAAGAUGGCAGCACUCCUCCUCGCCCACCUACUCAGACUCUGAGGAGGACCUGAUUGAGUACAGUAGGCCUACUGUCAAACGACAGGACAGCAAACCCCCUGUAGGGCAGAGGAGGUUGAUCGGCAGACCUUCCGAAGCUCAUUCAGAGCAGGACGACAAAAGCAUGACCAGCCAAGGCAGCAGUAACAGAUCUUCACACCUGUCAGGUGGAUGGGGUGAUGUCAUUAAGCUCAUAAAGAACGAUAUGAGUGAGCAAGGCUACCUCAGCCACAGCUCUGAUGAUGAUCUCUUUGAACCAGUCUAUAAACUGGAGAAAAUAUUACGACAGAAGCAGCAGGUCUCAGGAACAGGGCUGAGUCGACACAGCAGCAUGAGGGAGGAUCGUAACAGAAUGUGGCAGGGAGACGGUUGCGGCCUUAGAGAGAGUUUUAGGGAAAGACAUGUUCAUUUCCUGGAUGAACGGAAGCGCUCUAACAGUUAUCUUGCCAACGGUUUUAGGACCUAUGAAAAUGGUCACAGGGACACUAGGGAAAGAGUUCAGUGUUCCGUAGGGAUGUCAAGAGAGGAUCACACACAACUCAAAGAAACUCAAGGUCUCCACACUCAAGCUCAGGGGUUUCGACGGAACAUUUCAAUGCGACGUAGUUAUCAUGGUAACAUCAGGCAGACAUCGGUGAGUGAAGGAAGCAGAACAUGCAGCGUAGAUGAUUCUAACUUGGCUAGACAAAGACCCUCAAAUAAUGCCCCCUCACUGCAGCCUAGAGUGCCACAGUUGAUGGGGUUAGAAGUGGAGGACCGUUUGAGAGAUACGAGAAGUUGGGAGAUGGCAAGAAGCAGAAAUGCAUGGCAGAGAGCUCGAUCAUUAACGGAGGAUGAAAGGAGGAUAGACCGAGACCACAGGCGUGACGAGUGUAGAGUGAGGCGAAGUCAAAGUGAGCGCUGUCAGACCUUCGAGGAGGAGAGAUCGAGAACAGAGGAAGAGUUGGAGAGGGAGAGCAGGAAGGAGGAAAGACGGAUUCAAAGACUCCAUUCUUGCAGUGGGCGCUCUUCUGGAGCAGGACCUGGUCUUAGGGGUGGAAGGGCUGCGCUUGACUUGGGAAGUUUGGAGCAAGUGCUGCUAGAUGAGGAGCUUGCCCGCAGGCUGCAGGAAGAGGAGGAGAGAUUGGCCGAAGAGACUGAGCAAGGUUCCUCUCCUCUUAGAAGGGACUGUCCUAUUGGAGACUUCAAAGCAGCACAGGUUGCUCAGGAUGAGGAAAUUGCACGUUUCAUGCAGAAACAGGAGAUAAAGGCUAAACGGAUGUCUCGUGAGCUGGAACCUGUUCAAGAAUACAGAGAGAAUGAUAGAACAGCAUGUGACAGACAGAGGCAGAGACUGGAUUCCAAUGGUCUUCAAUCCCCAGUUGAUGACUUCACCCCAGACAAUCAGCACCCUAGUCACGUUUCCAUGACUGUGCAACCGCAAGCCAUCAGGAAUAUUGCAGAAGAGCUGGACCCCACCUUUCAAAGGAAGGAUGCAGCUGAAUCAGGUCAAAAUUCCUGUCAAAAUCAAACUUCACAACAAGUAGGUUUGUAUAGCCCCUUGGAGGAACCUACUUUUGUGCCCCCCACAAAACGACACAGUGACAAACUGGGACGAGUAAAGCCCAAGGAGAAAAAGGAAAAUGCAAAACAGAAAGAUAACUGCAAGCAGCAGUGAUGCUGGACAUAUAGAAGUGUGAAAUCAACUGCAAUACUGAAUUAAUAACCAAAUUAGAUUAAAGAAAUGAAAUGCAUGCAUGUCCUGGCAGUUUGGGGCUUUCCGUUCUUCUGCUUUCUCCAAGACUUGGGAUACUUUUGUAAUCAAUAAAUCAACUUGAACUUGCAAAACAGGGACACUCCAUCCAGAUAAUGCUGCUAUUACUAGUAAACACCUGUUUAAGUCAUGUCAUGCUCUUUUGGUUUGUUUCAUUUUUAUUUAGCAGCUGGUUUGAGGGUGGUAUGUAACCACAGAGGGAAAGCUACCAAUAGCAGUACUUGGCAUUACACAUUUGACUUCUGGGAAAACCUGAAACGAUACUAUGCUUUGAUAAAGGAAGUUGGCACAUGGUUGCAUGAACCUCUUUGGAGUUUUUCUGCAUGACUCUUGACCUCUUAAGAUAUUCAAGCAGGAAUUCUUUUUAAAUUGCAUGUACUUUUUUCCCCCCUGUAUUCCAGGAACUACACUAGUCUUAAUUUGCCCAAAGUGUUAUUUUCAUUUCUAAUGGUUGCCUUCGUUAUGUAAGAAGUUAUGAAAACUUUUUGCAGAACCUGGUCAUGCAUUCACAUUGCAGAAAUUAAACAUUUACUGUUUCUAAUAUUAUUUUAAUAAUAUUUAGUGGUUUACACUAUUUUGGCUUGAGCUGUCUUCCUUCUUUAUAGUGUACAUCAAGUUUUGCCAGGCUGGAGGAAAUGAAACUUCCUUCUAUUUAUGUACUGAUGCUGAAUGCUAACAUUAUUCUAAUUAUGUUAUAUUAUGGCAACAAUGUAAAUGUGUUGUCAUGAAUCAGUAGGCCUUUAUUGCUUAUAUAAAGUUUAAUGAAUGCUUUGUACAGAAGACAUGUAUAUAUAUAUAUAUAUAAUACCCAUAUCUUUCUUGAUUCACAUCAAUAAACACAUUUUACAUUUA